UAGAAUUUUUAAAAAAAGGAAAAUAGCACAGGUCUAAGCUAGGAAAGUAUGGCUGCUGCUGCGGAUGGGACGGUGGCGUUGUCAUCGUCUUUGAAAACAGACACAGCCUCAGUCCUUGAAACUGCAGGGACAGCUGCGGCCACGGCUGCGAAGGCGCCACGGGCAGCCGCAGCAGUAACGGCCACGGCCAGGACCGGAUCCGACGCCCCUGUCUCCAAGGCCGCUUUGGCUACUAAGCUGCUAUCCCUGAGCGGCGUGUUCGCCGUGCACAAACCCAAAGGGCCCACUUCAGCCGAGCUGCUGAAUCGGUUGAAGGAGAAGCUGUUGGCAGAAGCUGGGAUGCCUUCUCCAGAAUGGACCAAGAGGAAAAAGCAGACUUUGAAAAUUGGGCAUGGAGGAACUCUGGACAGUGCAGCCCAAGGAGUUCUGGUGGUUGGAAUCGGAAGGGGAACUAAAAUGUUGACUGGUAUGCUGUCAGGGUCCAAGCGCUACGUUGCUGUUGGAGAACUGGGGAAAGCUACCGACACGCUGGAUUCCACAGGGAAAGUAACGGAAGAAAAACCUUACGAUAAAAUAACACAAGAAGAUAUUGAAAACAUUCUUCAGAAAUUUACUGGGAAUAUAAUGCAAGUACCCCCUCUCUAUUCUGCAUUAAAGAAAGAUGGACAGAGACUUUCAACUUUGGUGAAAAGAGGUGAAGUAGUAGAAGCAAAACCUGCCAGGCCUGUUACCGUAUAUAGUAUUUCUCUUGAAAAAUUUGAGCCACCGUUUUUCACAUUGGAUGUUGAAUGUGGAGGAGGUUUUUACAUCAGGAGCUUGGUCAGUGACAUUGGCAAAGAACUUGCUUCCUGCGCCAGCGUACUAGAGCUGACCCGAACCAAGCAGGGACCGUUUUCACUAGAACAUGCCCUUCCUGAAGACAGAUGGACGAUUGCUGACAUCGCACAGUCUCUUCAGCACUGCACAGCUCCUCUCCCACCAGAGUUGGCACUGAAAAAACAAAAACCCGAGGAGUCUAAUGAACGGGUUUUGAGCUGUGACUACAUAACCCUAAAUGAGUCAAAGGGAGGAGGUGAUGUAAUUAAGACAUCUUGAGAUUGGCUUAGUAGUGUGGUCAUUUCCUAGUCGACACUGAAGCCUGUGUGCAGAUGCAGAGUGGAAAAUGACAUGCAUGAGACAAACAUCUAUUGCUAACUUUUUUUUUUUUUUUUUUUUGCAUGAAGGAAAAUGUCCAUCAUUUGCGGUUUCUGUGACAUACACUUUAUUUGCUAUAUACAUGAUAAAUGUUUAGUUUUUUGUGUACUGCAGAAUGUUCUUUUAGAAUGUUUUUAUGUUGUUAAAUAUGAGUAUGAUUAGAUUUGGGGAAAUUAGCUUUCUGAAUUUGAUCUUCAGUCUUCUGUAAAAGCUGAACAGAUUUUUUAAUUGAAAAAAUAUACAAGCUACAUGUUUCUUCAUUUUCACCAAAGUGAAUCUAAUUUAGUGUUAUUUUGACUUUAUUUAGGCUUCCCUAUAGUUCCCUUGUAUUGAAAUUCUUUAGCUGUGUUUGAAAUAGCCAUUAUUGAAAUUUCUUGUGUUUUGGAGAGUUUCUUAUUAUUAAAAACAUAUCUUUGAUAAAACUGUACUCAUUUAGUAAUAGCUGUGUUCAUUUUGGUCUUAGAAUCAAAUACAUUUUAUAAUAAAUAUUUUAAAUGGACCAAAUUAGUGCUGCUACCAUUAGCUGGAUGUAAAUAGAAAACAAA